AUGGUGUCCAUCGCUCCGCCCAAGCUUCAGACUGAGGAGCUCGAGCCGACGUUAAUCGACGGGUUAAGCGACGCCGCCUACUUCAAUGAGGUCUUGAGGUUGCCCUUGGGAAAGCUCGAGGUUCACAUCGACGACGAAUUGGUCUCCCGGGCUCAGCAGCUCGGCAUCUCGAUUUCCCCAGCCAUUGACGACACCGACGACAAGCGCUAUACAAUCAGCGCCCAGUCUGCCUCGACGGCCGCGACUUACCACGCUCGGACCUUCUCGACGGGUUCUCACGAUUCUGCGAGCACUGAUCUCACCAUAUACUCGUCCAUAUUCGCCCCUCCCAGUUCAGAGUCGACUUCGCUCGGUGGGAAGGAGAAGGGACAGUCCAAGACCCUCAGCUUCCAGCCCUAUGACAAGUACCUGACGCAGGUGGACAAGAAUCUCGACCAGCCCAAAUUCUGCAAAGUUGAGUCGCCUACCGACAGCACUGCCAAGAGCCUCUUCAGUGUAAGCACCAGAAAGAGUCUGUUCAGUGUAAAAUCGGGGCUCAAGGGCAAGAUUCGAUGGCGGAGAAAGUCAAUUCAGCCCUUUCCACCUAACCUAUCCUGUGUCUGCUGUCGGGACGAUUUCCAGAAGUCAAGUACUUUGCAUAGUCUUCCGUGUGGCCAUACGUAUUGCGCCAGCUGCCUACGAGUCAUGAUCAGCCAAUCUACUACCGAGGAAUCCAAGAUGCCCCCAAGGUGCUGCACGCAGCCCAUACCUACCAAUAUCGUGAAGGCUGUUUUGCCGCGGGAAACCCAGCAAGUCUUCCUGAAGGCUGUCGUUCAGUUCAGCACGCCUUGGGAGGCAAGGAUAUUCUGUCCAAACGCGGAUUGCGGUGAGUUUAUACCACCUCGACACAAGAUCGAUCCGAAACAUCCAUUUAAUGUCACAUGCCGGAAAUGUGACACAAGGGCUUGCGUAACCUGCAAGCGCAACGCCCACCCAGUCGGGAAGGACUGCCCAGAGGACUGGGAGCUGGAGGCUGUUUUAAAAAUGGGCGAGAAGUCGGGGUGGCGGAGGUGUUACAAGUGCCGGAAUCUUGUCGAACUGGCCCAGGGAUGCACCCAUAUGACCUGCAGGUGCAAGGCACAGUUCUGCUACAUCUGUGGGGGCGUCUGGAAUCCCUCGGUAGGUUGCCCGAAUGUUUGCAAUGGGGAGGAAGAACUCGAGAGGCGACGCAUCGAGGAACAGGAGCGCCUUGCUAAACUCGAGGUCGAGAAGGCCGCGCAAGUCGCCGCUGCGGCUGAGGAGGCCGUUCAGCAAAAGGAGGCAGAGGAGCGUUCGAGUAAUCACGAGGCAUUCCAGCAACUCAUCAAAUCUCAAGAGGAUGAAAUACGGCGGUUCCAGGUGUUUGCUGCACAGGGGAGGAUUGCGUUGAAGGAACGCCAGGUUUCACAGAAAAAAGCGCUGGAGGAGAAGUAUGACGAAUUAGGGGAAAAGAUGAAGGAGCGGCACACGAAAACGGCCGGCCAUUUGGAGGAUCGACAAGUGGCAGCGGAGAUGGAAUUGCGAAAUACGCUAGAACAAAGCGAACGGAGCGUUAAGAUUCGACUAAAGCAUAUGGAAGCUUACUGCGAAGGGUUGGGGCGGAGCCCCAGCACCGAUAUGCCACAGAGAACAAUCACAGAGCGCGAUUUACGAGAACUGGGCCAGCAAUACAAUCUCCGAGAUAACAUGGAACGAUUGCAUCAAUCGAAGAUCAACGUCAUGAGAGACCGCCAAGCAAAGCGGAUGGAGGAGCUGCUUGAUAGGCAGGAGGUGGAGUUGGAAACCCAUACGGCGAAACGACAAGAGGAACUAGAAAGCCUAAUUUCCCAGCACGCUUUAGAGCUAGACGAAGUCGACAAUUUAGGCAAGUCGCGGCAGGAGAGAUUGCGAAAACGCUGGGAGCUCUCGGUGGAAGUUCUCUGCAAAGAGACCGAGAAGACGGAUGGUUUGAGAUACGCCCAGAUUCCCGUCCCAACCUGGCCAGAUGAUGAGGUAGAAGUUAAAGACGAAACGGCUGUCGAUUCCGAGAAUGCUUAA